AUGAAAUAUAUAUUAUCCCAUGCCCUCAUACCAUUCCAUACACACACACAUUCACGCACACGGACAACAAGCCGAGUGCAAACCGUAGGGUUGCACCAACACCCGCCCCAUUCUCCCGCUUUCCAUCACCCCGCCCCAUUCUCCCGCUUUCCAUCACCCCGCCCCAUUCUCCCGCUUUCCAUCAACCCGCCCCGUUCUCCCGCUUUCCAUCACCCCGCCCCAUUCCCCCGCUUUCCAUCACACCGCCCCAUUCUCCCUCCUUCCAUCACCCCGCCCCAUUCUCCCGUUUUCCAUCACCCCGCCCCAUUCUCCCGCUUUCCAUCACCCCGCCCCAUUCUCCCUCCUUCCAUCACCCCGCCCCAUUCUCCCGCUUUCUAUCACCCCGUCCCAUUCUCCCGCUUUCCAUCACCCCGCCCUAUUCUCCCUACUUCCAUCACCCCGCCCCAUUCUCCCUCCUUCCAUCACCCCGCCCCAUUCUCCCGCUUUCCAUCACCCCGCCCCAUUCUCCCGCUUUCCAUCACCCCGCCCCAUUCUCCCGAUUUCCAUCACCCCGCCCCAUUCCCCCGCUUUCCAUCACCCCGCCCCAUUCUCCCUCCUUCCAUCACCCCGCCCCAUUCUCCCGCUUUCCAUCACCCCGCCCCAUUCUCCCUCCUUCCAUCACCCCGCCCCAUUCUCCCGCUUUCCAUCACCCCGUCCCAUUCUCCCGGUUUCCAUCACCCCGCCCCAUUCUCCCGCUUUCCAUCAACCCGCCCCAUUCUCCCGCUUUCCAUCACCCCGCCCUAUUCUCCCGCUUUCCAUCACCCCGCCCCAUUCUCCCUCCUUCCAUCACCCCGCCCCAUUCUCCCGCUUUCCAUCACCCUGCCCCAUUCUCCCGCUUUCCAUCACCCCGCCCCAUUCUCCCUCCUUCCAUCACCCCGCCCCAUUCUCCCUCAUUCCAUCACCCCGCCGCAUUCUCCCGCUUUCCAUUACCCCGCCCCAUUCUCCCGCUUUCCAUCACCCCGCCCCAUUCUCCCGCUUUCCAUCACCCCGCCCCAUUCUCCCUCCUUCCAUCACCCCGCCCCAUUCUCCCUCCUUCCAUCACCCCACCCCGUUCUCCCGCUUUCCAUCACCCCGCCCCAUUCUCCCGCUUUCCAUCACCCCGCCCCAUUCUCCCGCUUUCCAUCACCCCGCCCCAUUCUCCCGCUUUCCAUCACCCCGCCCCAUUCUCCCACCUUCCAUCACCCCGCCCCAUUCUCCCGCUUUCCAUCACCCCGCCCCAUUCUCCCUCCCUCCAUCACCCCGCCCCAUUCUCCCGCUUUCCAUCAUCCCGCCCCAGUCUCCCACUUUCCAUCAACCCGCCCCAUUCUCCCGCUUUCCAUCACCCCGCCCCAUUCUCCCUCCUUCCAUCACCCCGCCCCAUUCUCCCUCCUUCUAUCACCCCGCCCCGUUCUCCCGCUUUCCAUCACCCCGCCCCAUUCUCCCGCUUUCCAUCACCCCGCCCCAUUCUCCCGCUUUCCAUCACCCCGCCCCAUUCUCCCGCUUUCCAUCACCCCGCCCCAUUCUCCCUCCUUCCAUCACCCCGCUGUUGGUGCAACCCUACGGCACAUUGGAGCCUACUUUGACUAUAACACCCGCCCCAUUCUCCCGCUUUCCAUCACCCCGCCCCAUUCUCCCGCUUUCCAUCACCCCGCCCCAUUCUCCCUCCUUCCAUCACGCCGCCCCAUUCUCCCUCCUUCCAUCACCCCGCCCCAUUCUCCCGCUUUCCAUCACCCCGCCCCAUUCUCCCUCUUUCCAUCACCCCGCCCCAUUCUCCCGCUUUCCAUCACCCGGCCCCAUUCUCCCGCUUUCCAUCACCCUGCCCCAUUCUCCCACUUUCCAUCACCCCGCCCCAUUCUCCCUCCUUCCAUCACCCCGCCCCAUUCUCCCGCUUUCCAUCACCCCGCCCCAUUCUCCCGCUUUUCAUCACCCCGCCCCAUUCUCCCUCCUUCCGUCACCCCGCCCCAUUCUCCCUCAUUCCAUCACCCCGCCCCAUUCUCCCGCUUUCCAUCACCCCGCCCCAUUCUCCCUCUUUCCAUCAACCCGCCCCAUUCUCCCGCUUUCCAUCACCCCGCCCUAUUCUCCCGCUUUCCAUCACCCCGCCCCAUUCUCCCUCUUUCCAUCACCCCGCCCCAUUCUCCCGCUUUCCAUCACCCCGGCCCAUUCUCCCGCUUUCCAUCACCCCGCCCCAUUCUCCCUCCUUACAUCACCCCGCCCCAUUCUCCCGCUUUCCAUCACCCCGCCCCAUUCUCCCGCUUUCCAUCACCCCGCCCCAUUCUCCCGCUUUCCAUCACCCCACCCAUUCUCCCUCCUUCCAUCACCCCGCCCCAUUCUCCCUCCUUCCAUCAACCCGCCCCAUUCUCCCACUUUCCAUCACCCCGCCCCAUUCUCCCACUUUCCAUCACCCCGCCCCAUUCUCCCUCUUUCCAUCACCCCGCCCCAUUCUCCAGCUUUCCAUCACCCCGCCCCAUUCUCCCGCUUUCCAUCAACCCGCCCCAUUCUCCCGCUCUCCAUCACCCCGCCCCAUUCUCCCGCUUUCCAUCACCCCGCCCCAUUCUCCCUCCUUCCAUCACCCCGCCCCAUUCUCCUGCUUUCCAUCACCCCGCCCCAUUCUCCCGCUUUCCAUCACCCCGCCCCAUUCUCCCUCCUUCCAUCAUCCCGCCCCAUUCUCCCUCAUUCCAUCACCCCGCCCCAUUCUCCCGCUUUCCAUUACCCCGCCCCAUUCUCCCGCUUUCCAUCACCCCGCCCCAUUCUCCCGCUUUCCAUCACCCCGCCCCAUUCUCUCUCCUUACAUCACCCCGCCCCAUUCUCCCGCUUUCCAUCAACCCGCCCCAUUCUCCCGCUUUCCAUCACCCCGCCCCAUUCUCCCGCUUUCCAUCACCCCACCCCAUUCUCCCUCCUACCAUCAACCCGCCCCAUUCUCCCACUUUCCAUCACCCCGCCCCAUUCUCCCGCUUUCCAUCACCCCGCCCCAUUCUCCCGCUUUCCAUCACCCCGCCACAUUCUCCCGCUUUCCAUCACCCCGCCCCAUUCUCCCGCUUUCCAUCACCCCGCCACAUUCUCCCUCCUUCCAUCACCCCGCCCCAUUCUCCCUCAUUCCAUCACCCCGCCCAUUCUCCCGCUUUCCAUCACCCCGCCCCAUUCUCCCGCUUUCCAUCACCCCGCCCCAUUCUCCCGCUUUCCAUCACCCCGCCCCAUUCUCCCGCUUUCCAUCACCCCGCCCCAUUCUCCCGCUUUCCAUCACUUCGCCCAUUCUCAUUGGGCCCGUGGGCCUCAUUGGGGCGCACCUUUGGAGAGGUUAUUCGCCCGUGGGCCUCAUUGGGGCGUACCUUUGGAGAGGUUAUUCGCCCGUGGGCCUCAUUGGGGCUCACCUUUGGAGAGGUUAUUCGCCCGUUUGCUCAUUGGGGCGCAUCUUUGGAGAGGUUAUUCGCCCGUGGGCCUCAUUGGGGCGCACCUUUGGAGAGGUUAUUCGCCCGUGGGCCUCAUUGGGGCGCACCUUAG